AUGAAUUAACAAGAAUAAACGAAUAUAAUCAGUGCAGAUCCCUUUUUGUAAACAUUCUUUCUAAUCAAUAACCUUUAUAAUCAAUAAAUAUUUUAAUACAGUACAAUUUAUCAAUAGUCUAUUAGUGAAUUCUUAGGUGUAAUGUGUUCCAAAAGUAGAAUGUAGAGAAGAAAAUACUAAAAUUUUGGAGGAUUCAAAUAAUGAUAAAAAAAUACAAUAGCAUUAUUACAUCACUUCAAAUUAAAAUUAACCACUUGUAAGAACAAGCAAAGGUGUAAUUAACAAAGGAUAUACACAUAGAAAUGAUGUGGAUACAUCAUAAAGAGUAAAUGGUAUCAACAAAUUUUUAUUAUUUAAUAGGUCAUUGGAGUCAACAAGAACAUCAAAUGUAUCUUUAAUUUGUCAAUGAUCACUAAGAUAUUUUGAAGUCUAAAUAUGAUAAGAAAUCAAAGAAAAUCUUUAAAUUAAUGAGUCAAUCUAUUUUUACAAGAACAGCCACUUAAUGUAGAUCACAUCAUUAAAAGUUUAAUCCUCUUUAAAAAAGUAAGAGAAAAGAAAAAAACAAUUUACGACCAAUUCCAACCGUGAUUACUUAAGAAAAUUGA